CGCCCCGAGAUUCACCCUUUCAAUCCAACAUCUCCGAGAAGAUUCACAGCUCAUAUGGUGCAUCGGUCUGUUGUUCUGAAACAUCAUCAUCAUGCAGUCGGUCGGAAUUCCUGCUGUUUCUGUCCUGAUUUAUCUGCUGAUGCUUCAGUGUCAAGCCUUCAUCAUCCGAGAAGUUCUAGUGAAAGACUCUGUGACGUUCCCGUGUUCCUGCACUGGAAACUGUCCGGUGGUUCAGUGGAGUCGCUUCAUUCCCAGUUACACCAUUGUGGCUAAAUGGAAGUGUCCCAGAGGACAGAAUUUACAGAAAAGAUUUGAAAUAUCAGGAGAUACCAGCAGAGGAGAUUUCUCCCUGAUGAUCAUCUCAGUAGCCUACAAUGAUGUCGGCUCCUACAGGUGCAGCUGUAAUGGAGAAACAGUUAGUGAAGUGAAGAUGAAGGUUCUGGUGGCGACAGUUGUAAAGGUUCAGGAGAAGCAGAAUGUCACCCUCCCGUGCUACGGAGACACUCGGAGACAAGAUGUUAAAGAUGUACAGUGGAAGAAGGAUGGAGGAAAGGUUGUGCUGUACACUCAUGCAAACAGAUCAGUGACUACUGAUGAAGCAGGAAGCAGAUUUAUGAUGUCAGUAGAAGACUUUCUGGAUGGUGAUCUCUCUCUCCACAUCAGUUCAGUUCACCUGUCUGAUGCAGGAGAAUAUCGGUGUCUCCUCCAUGAUGAAUCUCAGGAUGGAGAACCAUCAACUGUUGUGCUGGAGGUAGAAGGGCGACAACAUCAAACCACCACCAGCACCACCACCAGCAGCAGCUGCAGCACUGAGGUUACACGACUGUGUGUGCUUCUAGGAUCGAUCAUCUCUGUAGGUAUCAUCAUCUGACUGAUCGUUUGUUUGGCGAGAAGAUAGAAAUGACACUGCAUUAGAUCCAGGACCAUCAUCAUCAUCAUCAUCAUCAAAUGUUCCAAACUUAAUCAGUCAAUUUAAUAAAUAUAUAAAUUCAGAUUUAAUUCUAUAGGAUUUUAACAUCACUGUCACAAAGCAGCUUUUAAAUAUUAUAGUUUAUAAAAGGAUCAGUUUUACUGCUACACCACUGUUCUGUUCUACCAUGUGUACAUUGUUCUGUCCUGUGUUUUUAUUCUUCUCUCUUCUGCUCUGUUUCUCUUCAUGUAUUUAUGGAUGAACAUUAAAAGUUCACUUGCCAUCA